GAUAUGAAAUAGGAAGAAAUGUUAAAAACUAAUUCGUUUUCACAUUGAAAUUGGAGAGGACAUUGCAUCAACCUCUUUUCAAAAGACAGAAAAAUAAUUUGAACAAAACUUUAUUAGGAAAAACACGAUUGCCAAAUUAAUGCAGUGUCUGUGAACUUGCAGAUGAGAUAUGCCAAAAUUAAACCAGCACAAGAAAAUUUACCAGAGCUUAGAGGGAAAAUGUAAUAAUAAAAACUAUGAGAGGUAAGGAUAGAAGACGUAGAGAAUGGGUCUAGAAAAUUGAUAAUCAAAUACAAGUUCCAGAAAAUGAUAACAUAACUGAUAGAAGAAGCAACAAAGAAAUAGAAGAAAAUUUACUAAGUUGAUGGAAAAUUUUGAAUUUAAAACUUAAAUUCAACCCUCACAUUUAAAGGGUUCAUUAAAUACCAGGUGAAAAAUGAAAAAAAUGUAUUUAUACCAUUAUUAUGAAAGCUUUGAAUUUAAAAAAUUAAAAUAUGUAUUGAUAUGGAAUAGUCUUCAAGAUGUAUUGUUAAUUUUUUUUAACAAGCCAGUUGCAGAACAAUAUAUAAAGUAUGGUUCUGGGUGUAGCAAAACCAUUUAUUAGGUAUGUAAAUUUAUCUAUAUAAAUACAUCAAAAAAGUUGUGGAAGAAUACAAACCAAACUUUUUAAAGUGGUUAUCUCUGUGGAAGAGAGUAGAUUUAAUGGCAGAGAGUGAAAGGACUAUAUAUUUUCUAUAAUGUUUUAAAUUCUUAGAGUAGGGAUUUGGUCACAUAUUAUGUAGAUAACCCAAUAAACAACAAAGCAAAUUUGGGUAAUGAGGGAGGAGGAACUCAAUUUCUAAAAACAAAAAUUGUACAAGUCAUGUUUGCUGAGCACAAACUGGGGAAACUAGAAAUGAAUAACCACAAGUUAAAAAAUUCUAACAGUAUGGAAAUUUUUUUUAGAACAGUUUUAAAUAACUCAAGGUCAAAAAGUAAAACUAAGAUUAUGGAUUCUUUAGAAAUUUGGAUUAAUGCAAAUAUUGGAUAAUAAGACCUAUGAAAUACCACUAAGCAGUACUCAGGAAAAUUUGUAACCGUUAAGUGCUUUUAUUAUUAAUUUUAAAAGAAUGAAAAUUAAGCAUUCAAAAGAGUAGAAAAAAGGAAAAUGGAAAAAAAAAUCAGAAAUUAAGGGAAAAAGAACAGCACUUGAUAAAUGAGCUCAUUUUUCAGAAAUAAAAUAGACAUUAAAAUAGAAACAUUUCUGGCAAAAAAUAAUGGGGAAAAAACAAAGGAUAUCCUCUUGCAUAUCUCAUAAGUAAUUCAAACUUAGCUCAUCAUAUCUCUGAUUUUCCCUAAAAUAUUUUACCUGUUUCUUUGCUUGUUAUAUCUCAAUAAAUUGUACCACCAUGUAAGUCAAAAUCCAGGAAUUAUCCUUGAGACCUCUAUCUGCCUCACCCCACACAUUAAAUCCCCACAUGGGCAUCUGGAACUCAUCAUCUCAAUAAUCUCCCUUUCCUUUUCUCUUGAAAACUGCCCCUCUCAAUACUUUUCUUUCUCUUUCCUUUUUUUUUCAUUUCCUCUUUCAUUCAUUUCAUUUCCUCCCAUUUUUCCCUCAGGUACAGAGAUUGAAGCACUCAUGUUAUUUGGUUCACACUAUCAACAAGGCUUUUCACAUUUUAUCUUUUUUCCCUUCAUCCCAAUUCCCACUCAGUUUCCUUUCCUUCUCCCUUAGGUAGUCACUCUAAUGUGUUUGAUAUAUGUCCUAAGAUAUAUGUGUAUCUUUGAAUAAUAUAUAGUAUUGUUUUUGUAUGUUUUAAAUGUACAUAAUUGAUACUGUGUUAUAGACUCAUUCUGUUUCUUUUCCAUGUUUCUGUAAGUACUUCUGACUAUUAUAUAGUACUAUCUUAAGUGACCUCACACCCUUGGCCACUGGUCCUGGGCCAAGAUGGGCCAGACAGAAUCCUUACUCAGAAUUUUUUGAAUUGAAAAUGAAAGAAAAUCCCUCUCCACUGUGGAAGCCACAAAAUGUAAAACACAGGAAGUUGUCGGCAGCCAUGUGUCCUGCCACGUGGAACCAGCUGGUGUGAAAUGAAAAAGAAUAAAGCCAACGUGCAAAAAGCAUAAGAGAAUCAUGUGUGCUCAGUACUGCAUUUCCUUUGCUGAUGUUGAAAAAGCUCAUAUCAACAUUCAAGAUUUUAUCCACCUCACACCAGUGCUAAGCAGCUCCAUUUUGAAUAAAGUAACAGGUCGCAAUCUUUUCUUCAAAUGUGAACUCUUCCAGAAAACUGGAUCUUUCAAGAUUCGUGGUGCCCUUAAUGCUAUUAGAGGCUUGAUUCCUCCCACUUCAGAAGAGAAGCCCAAAGCUUUUGUUACUCACAGCAGUGGAAACCAUGGCCAGGCUCUUGCUUAUGCUGCCCAAUUAGAAGGGAUUCCUGCUUAUAUUGUGGUGCCCCAAACAGCUCCCAGCUGUAAAAAAUUGGCAAUACAAGCCUACGGAGCCUCUGUAGUAUAUAGUGAACAGAGUGAUGAGUCCAGAGAAAAUGUUACAAAAAGAAUUAUGGAAGAAACCAAAGGCAUCCUGGUACACCCCAACCAGGAACCUGCAGUGAUAGCUGGGCAAGGGACAAUUGCCAUGGAAGUGCUGAACCAGGUUCCCUUGGUAGAUGCACUGGUGGUACCUGUUGGAGGAGGAGGAAUGGUUGCUGGAAUAGCAAUUACAGUUAAGGCUCUGAGACCUAGUGUGAAGGUGUAUGCUGCUGAACCCUUGAAUGCAGAUGACUGCUACCAGUCCAAACUGAAAGGGAAAUUGACCCCUAAUCCCUAUCCUCCAGAAACCAUAGCAGAUGGUGUCAAAUCCAGCAUUGGCUUAAAUACCUGGCCUAUUAUAAGGGACCUUGUGGAUGAAGUCUUCACUGUCACAGAGGAUGAAAUUAAGUGUGCAACCCAGCUGGUGUGGGAGAGGAUGAAACUGCUUAUUGAACCUACAGCUGGUGUUGGAGUGGCUGCUGUGCUGUCUCAGCAGUUUCAAACAGUUUGCUCAGAAGUAAAGAACAUUUGUAUAGUGCUCAGUGGUGGAAAUGUAGACUUAACCUCCUUAACUUGGGUGAAGCAAGCUGAAAGGCCAGCUCCUUAUGAAGCUGUUUCUGUUUAAUUUAUGCAAGA